AUGUCUCAGGUGCUGAGGCUUCUCUCGGCGGUCGCUCUGCCUCUCUGGAAAGCUGGGGGAGCUCGGGCUCGGUUCUCCGCGGUGACGGCAGGGCGGCUCUUUACAGCCGGAUACCGGAGCUUCGCUGCCACGAACGUCUGUCGGACUCCAACCAACUUCCUGUCCUGUCGCAGAUUCCGGUCAGCUCAGCGACGACUCUACUCCACUGAACCCAAAGAUGGAGGAGGAGGUGGAGGAGGAGGAGGAGGAGGAAGAUCAGGAGGGGGGAAGAGAGGAGGAGGAGGCGCAGGAAAAGACUGGUGGAGCCGACUGCAGAAGGGUGACGUCCCCUGGGACGAGAAGGAUUUCCGUUACAUGGCAGUCACCGUGGCCGGAGUCAGUUCUGCUCUGCUCUACUUCUACUUCAGAGACAGUGGCAGAGAGAUCAGCUGGAAGGACUUCGUCCACCGGUACCUGGGCAGAGGCGUGGUAGACCGGUUGGAGGUCAUCAACAAACAGUACGUCAGAGUCAUCCUGGUGCCGGGAGCCGACGCCGACGCGAGCUACGUUUGGUUCAACAUCGGCAGCGUGGACACGUUUGAGAGGAACCUGGAGACGGCACACAUGGAGCUGGGCCUGGAGCCGUCCCACCGAGCCACUGUCGUCUACAGCACCGAGAGUGACGGCUCUUUCCUGAUGAGCAUGCUCCCCACCCUGCUGCUGAUUGGUUUCCUGCUCUUCACCCUGCGGCGAGGACCAAUGGGAGGAGGCGCGGCCGGCGGGAGGGGCGGGCCCUUCAGCAUGAGCGAGUCGACGGCCAAAAUGAUGAAGGACAACAUCGAGGUGAAGUUUAAGGACGUGGCCGGCUGCGAGGAGGCCAAACUGGAGAUCCUGGAGUUUGUCAACUUCCUGAAGAACCCCCAGCAGUACCAGGACCUUGGAGCCAAGAUCCCCAAGGGCGCUGUGCUGUCCGGUCCUCCUGGGACGGGCAAGACUCUGCUGGCCAAAGCCACAGCCGGAGAGGCCAACGUCCCCUUCAUCACCGUCAACGGCUCCGAGUUCCUGGAGAUGUUUGUGGGCGUCGGUCCGGCCAGGGUGAGGGACAUGUUCGCCAUGGCGAGGAAGAACGCCCCCUGCAUCCUCUUCAUCGAUGAGAUCGACGCUGUGGGGAGGAAGCGAGGAGGAGGGAACUUUGGCGGUCAGAGUGAACAGGAGAACACCCUGAACCAGCUGCUGGUGGAGAUGGACGGUUUUAACACAGCUACUAACGUGGUGGUCCUGGCUGGAACCAACCGACCUGACAUCCUGGAUCCUGCCCUGAUGAGACCGGGACGCUUCGACAGACAGAUCUACAUAGGUCCUCCGGACAUCAAGGGGAGGGCGUCCAUCUUUAAGGUCCACCUUCGACCAAUCAAACUGGACCCCAACCUGGACAAAGACGGUCUGGCCAGGAAGAUGGCUGCAGCUACACCUGGAUUCACUGGAGCCGACAUUGCUAAUGUCUGCAACGAGGCGGCUCUGAUCGCUGCCAGGUACCUGGACCCAUCCGUCAACGCCAAACACUUCGAACAGGCCAUCGACCGGGUGAUCGGAGGUCUGGAGAAGAAGACUCAGGUCCUGCAGCCCACAGAGAAGAAGACUGUGGCGUAUCACGAGGCCGGUCACGCCAUCGUGGGCUGGUUCCUGCAGCACGCCGACCCACUGCUGAAGGUGUCGAUCAUCCCGCGGGGAAAGGGUCUGGGCUACGCUCAGUACCUGCCCAGAGAGCAGUACCUGUACAGCCGAGAGCAGCUGUUCGACAGGAUGUGUAUGAUGCUGGGAGGCCGCGUGGCCGAGCAGGUCUUCUUCAGCCGGAUCACCACUGGAGCUCAGGACGACCUGAAGAAGGUCACACAGUCGGCCUACGCUCAGGUGGUGCAGUUCGGGAUGAGCGAUAAGGUGGGGCAGGUGUCGUUCGAUCUGCCCCGGCAGGGCGAGAUGGUGCUGGAGAAACCGUACAGCGAGGCGACGGCCGAGCUGAUCGACGCGGAGGUCAGAGGGCUGGUGGAGCGAGCGUACGAGCGCACCCUGGAGCUCAUCAAGGACAAGAAGGACCUGGUGGAGAUGGUGGGGAAGCGUCUCCUGGAGAAGGAGGUCCUGGACAAGGCCGACAUGUUGGAACUGCUGGGCCCCCGGCCUUUCGAGGAGAAGUCCACAUACGAGGAGUUUGUGGAGGGGACGGGGAGCUUCGAGGAGGACACGAGCUUGCCGGAGGGCCUCCGAGACUGGAACCAGGAGAGAGGAGGGGAGGCCGAGGAGACGAGCCCGGCUCAGGACAAGCAGCAGGCCGCGUAGCGCCGGACGCCUCAGAUAAGACAAACCAACGCUUCGCAUCCCCGCUGCAAAAAAACUCAACUCAAUGCUGACUCAGUUUUACAGAGCCUGGGAGGUGUUGGAGGGGGAUUAUUCGAUGAAUCACUCCCACAAAUUAGUAAUUCAUGCCCUCAAUUUAUUUUGGUUCCUUCGGGUUAAUAAUUCAGACUCUCAAGCUGUUAACUUCAUUCCCUGAAAUUACCGGCAGCAAGUCCACAGCUUCAUUCCAUUUGUCCCCUCAACACUCCUUUGGUGUGUUAGGUUUGAUUUAAGUUUUGGGCUGAGAUCAUGUCGAUAUAUUUCAAUUUUUUUCUGUUUGAAACUCUUUGAAAAGAGUUGCUCCCUUUUUGAAGGGGGCAAAAAAAGUAAUUUAAGUUUCUAAAUAACAAAUCUGAGAUUAGAAAUCUUCCUCCUGAGAAGCACCAGGCUCCGUACAACCUCAGGGUAAAUGUAUAAUUUACUUUUAUUUAUCCAGAGGAGCUUCGCUGAGGCCGCGUUCAGUUUUUCUGUUUGGACAGGAAUUUGCUCCAAAACGCCUUAACACUCACCAAGCAGGAGACCAACAAAGAGCAGAUUUGAAUAUUCCCGAACUGAAUGUAAAUAAUGCGCAUUUACACCGUGUGAACAGACUGACUUAUCUUUUUAUUUAUUUCGUGAGACGGGAGCUCUGCUCUCUGAGUGACGUCUGCCUUCCUGGUAACGAGGAAGAAGCAGCUCAAGGUGAACACAAGCUGAUACAAGACCUUUGCUGCAGCCAAAUACAAACCCUCUUUUCAGGUUUUUAUAUAAUUUUAGCAUUGAUAUGAAGGUUUUUUUUUGUUUCCUGCAGAUGUUUUUACAGCAUUUUAAAGUUAGUGCAGAAGUUUUCCUGCAUUACCUCGUAACACUGGCGUGUCUCAGCCGGUUCAGUGUUCAUGUCAGCGAUGGUCAGUUUGGAUUUGUUUUAUACAAAAUCACCUUGGUGCUGUAAAUGUCUGCAUAGCCUCUGUGUGAUACUGACUCGACAGGACUAGUGACUAAGGGGUAACAUUUAAUAUUUCUUUUCUCUGGAGGAUUUGUGCUGGAAAACCUGCUGAUUUUAAAGGAAAAAAAUCCCCCUAAAACACUGAAACAAAAAAAAAAAAAGACAUUUCUAACAUCUUCAGGCCAAAUUCACGCAGUUCAUCCUCAACACUCAUCCCUCCAUGCAGCAGAGUAAAAGGCAGUUCAUUUUAUUUUUUUUUAUCAACAGUUCUAAAGACAGUACAACCAAUUAAACUUAUCUUCUCAGCCCGAUAUCAGUUCUGCCUCCUCGCCAACUCUGUUAUCCUGCAGAAAAGAUUAUGAAGACAGAAGAGACGCACUGUUGUAUCUGGUAACCAAUCCCUUUUAUUACAGCGGAGUUCCUCUUCUAAAAGUCAAAAAAAAAAUUGGAGAUAAAAACGUGUCCAGAUGUGUGAAAAUAAUUUAUCGCGUCUUUAAUCCCUGGAUCAAGAAGAAAAAUGUUUUUGUAAAGCCAUUCUGCUCGGAAACCGAAAUGAUGUGGUCACAGGAGGCAAAAGUAACAACAGCAAAAACAACAUUUUCAGGACAUUUAGACAUUAAAAUGUCAUUUUUAACAGUUACAGACUUUGUAAGACCCUCAAUUUAUCUUCUUUAGACUCUCUGGGACUUGCAGAGACAUACGUAAUGAAAUCCCAAAUGCCGUACACUUCCAUACCAUUGCUGUGAACGCAGCAAGCAACCUAUUGAAAGGCAUUCUGGGAAGUGUAGUAGAAAUCACAUAAGUUGACUGAUUACCACUGUAUCUCCAGGGGGAUUUUUUUUCUUUUUAAUGUCAUAUCCUAUUGUCAUCACUGCAGCUGUCCAGCAGGCGGCGACCUCACCGCUCGUCUGCAGGAGGGUGCGACUGAUGCACGAACGUACUGACGUUGAAAAGUGGCUAAAGCUCGAUGAAGUUCGGUCUGGUCUUUAGUGUCAGCGGAGUGUUUGGACGCAGCUUUCGCUGUUUUCACUACUAAAUCAGAAAACGCAGUGGAAAAACAAAUAUUCUGCCUCAGCGGUACAUAAACUGCCUGUUUCAGAUGUUAUAUACAUGUUUUACCUGUAACCCUCUGCUGCGUUGGCCGGCUUUCAGUAACGUGCUGUGGUAAGUGAUCACAGCUCAAAGUCAGGGAUCUCAACUGAGCUGAACCGAGGAAUCAUUUUUAUAUCAAAACUGGAAAAAUCGGAGUUUUAAUCAUCACUUCAGUGUCAGCCAUCGGUGUGUUGAAGGCAAAUUCUGGUGUUUUUCAAACUGGGUCACAUUCUUCUGAAUGUGCACCUGCCACCUCUGCAGUAGAGAUUCAGCGUGACUCAGGCAAAACAGGCCAAACGAUAAGUAUUAAAAACAUUUUGUUUUUCUUACUGUAGAUGAACGGGGAGAUGCUCGUUAGCUGUUGAGUUAGUCCGUUUCUGUGAAUACGUUCAGUCAGAAUCAGAGAAGGACUCGGGUAAAACCGGAGUUCACUACAAAAGCUUUCGCCGGCUCGAUCGACUCCGUUUUACUGGAUUUGUUUCCCGACUCCCUGCAACAGAGGGAGCCAGUGGAAAAGUUUUCAUGAUCCAGUCAGAACGGCCGCGAUUAUGAGACGAGAAAAAAAAUACCAGAAUUUCCCUUUAACAGACUGUCAAAAUCAAGCUGAGAGUGACCGACCCACUGAAAAUCUUGCUUUUUGCUGACCUCCGGUGGUUUUUAACGUCUCAGCUGGCGGCAGCGAUGCACAGGUGUAGUCCGGUUCGCCGCGACAUCGCCGCUGGGCGUGGUUUAUAAGAGAGCACAUUUCUGACCUCAACCGACGACACCCGUCACUGAUGUUACUGUUGUUGUUCAGCCUUAAUCAAGGAACGUAAUCGAGCUGUUUAAGGGCGACGCACUGGUGCUAAACCUCAGAAGUUCUGGGUUUUGGGGGGAGGGGGGCCUGGCGAUGUCACUGUGUAGGUACGACUUUCUCUGUUUCCCUUGAUGGACGCCAAAAAGUAAACGCGCCUGUCCUGGCGUCCGAAGUGCAGUCUGUCUCUGUGUGUUGUAUUAAAGUGUUCCCACUGAAGACGCUGCUAAGUUCUCUUUCUGUGAAUCUGAUCCGCUGGCAGAACUUUUCAGCCGCUUGGCGCUCGGAAUGAAGGACGACGGAAACGACAUCCGUGCUGGUAGUAACCAGGUCGACAGACGUCUCCGGCUGAAUUUCGGACAUCUGGGUUACAAACCGUAUUACUGACGUUUCCACAGCGACUAUACUGCCUGUCAGGUGCAGUGAGGACCUGCUUCACAAUGAAGUUUCUUUCAUUAUUCAUCUAUAGAGUUUUUCACGUGCAAAAGAUUUUCUUUUUUUGUUCUGCAUUUUGUGUUGAUGUCUGUUUCUCACAUGUACCAAAAGAAACGUUGCUAUUAAACCUAGAAAAAAAAACGGC